CUUAUAUAUUUAACUUCAAUCAGAAUGCACUCAGCAUAUUAAGUUCAAAUAAGUUGCCAUUUUUCCUUUUUGCUAUAAUCCCACAUUAAAGAAGAAUCUAAAAUGGGGGAUCAAAGUCAUGAAAUUCCUUCAUUUGAGCUAUCCAAGGAAAAGAGUCCUGAAAAAUUUAGAGACCUCACAGGGCAGGAUGAAGAAGAUGAUUCUCCAAUUGAACAAGUGAGGCUGACAGUUCCACCAACUGAUGAUCCAACUCUUCCAGUUCUUACAAUCAGGACAUGGGUUCUUGGGAUAUUAUCAUGCUCAAUUCUAGCUUUUGUCAACACAUUUUUCGGGUACCGGCAAAACCCGUUGGGUAUUGGAUCGGUGUCAGCACAAAUCCUAACUCUCCCGAUUGGGAGAUUAAUGGCGGCCACAUUGCCUGAUAAAAAAAUCUUUCUUCCUUUCACCAAUUGGUCGUUCUCACUGAAUCCAGGACCAUUCAAUCUCAAGGAGCAUGUUCUAAUCACGAUCUUCGCGGGUUGCGGCGCGAAUGGUGUUUAUGCUCUGUUCAUCGUUGCCAGCGUCAAAGUUUUCUACCACAGGAGCUUGAAUCCUGUGGCAGCAUACAUUCUUUCGCAAACCACGAUGUUGCUCGGGUAUGGCUGGGCUGGAAUCCAUCGGAAAAUCCUCGUUGAUUCACCUUACAUGUGGUGGCCCAAUAAUCUCAUUUCAGUUUCCCUGUUUCGCGCUUUGCACGAAAAGGAAAUCAGGCCGAAAGGUGGACUUACAAGGCUGCAGUUCUUCCUAAUGGUGCUGAUUUCGAGCUUCGCCUAUUAUCUUGUCCCUGGAUACUAUUUCCCUUACAUUUCUUGCAUUUCUGUGGUUUGUUUGAUUUGGAAGAAAUCUGUUCUUGCGCAACAACUUGGUUCGGGUCUAACAGGUUUAGGGAUGGGAUCAUUUGCGUUGGACUGGAACACUGUUUCCGGCUUUCUUGGAAGUCCGAUCGCGACGCCUACUUUUGCCAUCAUGAAUACUUUGGCUGGAUAUGUUCUAGUGGUUUACAUAAUCGUCCCAGCUCUGUAUUGGAGUAAUGUGUAUAAAGCCAAGACGUUUCCGCUUUAUUCCUCGCAGACCUAUGAUUCGGACGGGAACGUAUACAACAUCAGCCGGGUCCUGAACGAGAAAACCUUCAAGUUUUACGAUGAGGGAUACGAAAACUACAGCAAACUUUAUAUCAGCAUCCUUUUUGCCAUAGGCUAUGGCAUCAGUUUCGCGACUUUAGCCGCGACUGUCACCCACGUUGGACUGUUUUAUUCGGGGACAAUUAGGGAGCUGACAUCCAAAGCAGCCACUGGAUUGAAAGGCCAAAUGGGAGACAUACACACCAGGCUAAUGAAAAGGAACUACAAGGCAGUUCCUGAUUGGUGGUUUCAUGGUAUAUUGAUUGUGGUUUUCGGGUUAUCACUCUUUUGUUGUGAAGGUUUUGGUGGACAACUCCAACUUCCAUGGUGGGGGCUGAUUCUAGCAUGUGGCAUUGCCUGGUUUUUCACUCUGCCAAUUGGGAUAAUCCAAGCAACCACAAACAUGCAACCUGGCUUAAAUGUCAUCACCGAAAUGAUCAUCGGGUUUAUGUACCCUGGAAGACCCUUAGCUAAUGUUUCUUUCAAGACCUAUGGCUAUAUUAGCAUGACACAGGCUUUGGGCUUCCUGAGUGAUUUCAAAGUUGGACAUUACAUGAAAAUUCCUCCUAGAUCCAUGUUCUUAGUUCAACUGAUUGGAACAUUGAUCUCGUCUUCCAUCCAAUUCGCCACGGCUUGGUGGCUUCUGACCUCGAUUCCAAACAUUUGCGACCCGGCCAAACUUCCGAAGGGUAGCCCCUGGACCUGUCCAGGAGACAGAGUGUUCUACAAUGCUUCAAUCAUAUGGGGAGUGAUUGGUCCCAAAAAAGUGUUCACCAAAGAUGGGGUUUACGGAAACUUGAACUACUUCUUCCUGAUUGGGUUCCUGGCCCCUAUUCCUGUUUGGUAUUUUUCGCGGAAAUAUCCCGAGAAGAAAUGGAUCAAGCUGAUAAACAUGCCCAUAUUCAUCAGUGGUGCUGGUGGAUUGCCACCGGUGAGGUCAGUGAAUUACAUAAUGUGGGGUGCGGUGGGGAUUUACUUCAAUGUUUACCUCUUUCAGAAGUUCAAAGGUUGGUGGGCUAAACAUGCUUACAUCUUAAGCGCUGCACUUGAUGCUGGAAUUGCAUUCAUGGGAAUUCUGCUUUACUUUGCACUUCAGUCCAGAGACAUUGUUCCAGAUUGGUGGGGACAAGAAAGCGAUGAUCGUUGUCCAUUGGCGACUUGUCCAACACAACCCGGAAUUCGGGCCGAUGGUUGUCCUGUUUUCUAAGUUCCGUAGACAUUGUAAGGAUCAUCAAGAGAUGAUUCUGCCAUUCUGGGUGAAGCUUGGAAACCAUCCUUAUGCUAAUGAGGUUUAAUUUGAUUUCCCAAGUUAGUAGGGUG